UUCAUUCCACAAGUGUCGCUUCGCUCUCACCAGCGCACUUGGCGAGCUGGAGAGGUGAGAGGGAUACUGCGAGCGGGCUCGAGGCGGCCAGUCCGGGGCCGCCCGCCAAGGAUAGGCGCUGCCAGCCCGAUUCUCCCCCGCUCUCCGCCCCCGCCUCCCUCGGUGGCCGGCCGGACCUGCACCUCGCGCUUGCCCCCGCUCAUCCUCCCCCCGCCCGGCCGGGCGCGCUCCUCCCCGGCCGGCCCCUCGGCGCGCGGCGCGCUGGAGGCGAACGCGGGCUGAGCUGAGCGCAGUGGCCGCCGACCACCGAGCGCCCCGCGCCGCUCCCUGCAUGUGCGGCCCGCGGCGGCUCGCAGCCCCCGGCAGCAGCCUCGGCAGCUUCGGCCGCGCCUCGAGAGGCGGCCGCAGCGGCUCCAGCGGCAGCCGAGCGGCCGAGCCCGGGCUGGGAGACACGAUGCGCCGCGUCCUCCGGCUGCUCCUCGGCUGCUUCCUCACGGAGCUGUGCGCCCGCGUGUGCCGGGCGCAGGAGCGAGCGGGGCACGGGCAGCUGGCGCAACUGGGCGGCGUGUUGCUGCUGGCGGGGGGCAACCGCUCCGGGGCUGCCUCCGGAGAGGCCAGCGAGGGCGCUGAGGCAUCGGACGCGCCCCCGACCCGGGCGCCCACACCGGACUUCUGCCGGGGUUACUUCGAUGUCAUGGGCCAGUGGGACCCGCCAUUCAACUGCAGCUCGGGCGACUUCAUCUUCUGCUGCGGGACUUGUGGCUUCCGGUUCUGCUGCACAUUUAAGAAGCGGCGACUGAACCAAAGCACCUGCACCAACUACGACACGCCGCUCUGGCUCAACACCGGCAAGCCCCCCGCCCGCAAGGACGACCCCUUGCACGACCCCACCAAGGACAAGACCAACCUGAUCGUCUACAUCAUCUGCGGGGUGGUGGCCGUCAUGGUGCUCGUGGGCAUCUUCACCAAGCUGGGGCUGGAGAAAGCGCACCGGCCCCAAAGGGAGCACAUGUCCAGGGCCCUUGCGGAUGUCAUGAGGCCACAGGGCCACUGCAACACUGAUCACAUGGAGAGAGACCUGAACAUUGUUGUCCACGUCCAGCAUUACGAGAACAUGGACACAAGAACCCCCAUAAAUAAUCUUCACACCACCCAGAUGAACAACGCAGUGCCCACCUCUCCUCUCCUCCAGCAGAUGGGCCAUCCACAUUCGUACCCGAACCUGGGCCAGAUCUCCAACCCCUAUGAACAACAGCCGCCAGGGAAAGAGCUCAACAAGUAUGCCUCCUUAAAGGCAGUAGGAAGUUCUGAUGGUGACUGGGCAGUAUCGACACUUAAGUCACCAAAAGCUGACAAGGUCAAUGAUGACUUCUACACCAAGCGACGGCAUCUGGCUGAGCUGGCUGCCAAGGGGAACCUACCUUUGCACCCCGUAAGAGUGGAGGACGAGCCGCGGGCCUUCAGCCCCGAGCACGGUCCUGCCAUGCAGAAUGGACAGAAGUCUCGCACCAACAAGAUGCCCCCACAUCCCCUGGCCUACAACUCCACCACCAACUUUAAGGGCUGGGACCCCAACGAGCAGUCCCUGCGGCGACAGGCUUACGGCAACAAGGGCAAGCUUGGCACGGCCGAGACAGGCUCCAGUGACCCCUUGGGAACUCGCCCCCAGCACUACCCACCCCCACAGCCAUACUUCAUCACCAACAGCAAAACAGAAGUGACUGUCUGAGCUUUCAACACAGGGAGCACCCUGGAGACCACAUUCAACUGAGAGAGGCAAAAAAAAAAAAAAAAAAAAAAAAAAAAAAAAAAACCUGGCCACACCCUCCCCUCCCCAACACAUGCACCCAUACACUAACUCUCAACAAGAACCAACUAUGAACCUACUGGGGACACGGAGUCGCAUUUUUCCUAGGUCAUGCCUAGCACGUGUUGGCAGGCAGCUGAGAAAGGCCGAAGCGUGGACAUUCAGCAA